GGGGCAAAGUGGGAACUUCAUCCCAAAUCACGCACCUCGUCGCCCCACCAGUAGAUUAAGAUAGAAGUCUUGGGAAGGGAAGAAGAGCGGUGGUAAAAUGGCGAGCGCCCUCUUAUCGCCUCCAUGCUUUCUUCUUCAUUACCCGCGUAGAGGUAUAAUACCGUAUGGGUGCAAUGUGCAUAAUUCAUUGUGCAGAACAGAUCCAUGGGCCAAAAGCUUCAUUACCAGGAAAAAUGCCUCCAACCAUGGAAGCUAUGCUGCAAUCGCAUCAAUGGUUGGAAGAAAGGCCAAAAAAAGGGAAGUUGUAGUCCCUGACCCAGACUAUCGGAUACCAGUUGUUUUACUUGGGAUAGCAGGUGGAUUUGUGUACCAAAACAAUCUACUACCAGCUGCUCCAAUAGGUCUACUUGGGUUAUUUCUACUGAUCCAGACUACUAGGGUGAAGUUCGUCUUUGAUGAAGAGGCCCUGCAAAGUCCUAUGAAAAUUAACUUUGAUGGUGGAUUAAGACAAGAUCAAGCGG